AUUUUUCUUCUUUAAAAGCUUUGGCCACAGUAGAAGACUUCCAGAUUCGUCCACAUACUCUCUAUGUACAUUCUUACAAAGCUCCUACUUUUUGUGAUUAUUGUGGUGAGAUGCUCUGGGGAUUGGUACGUCAGGGACUGAAAUGUGAAGGCUGUGGAUUAAAUUAUCAUAAACGAUGUGCCUUCAAGAUUCCAAAUAAUUGUAGUGGAGUAAGAAAGAGGCGUCUGUCAAACGUAUCUCUGCCAGGACCUGGCCUCUCAGUCCCAAGACCCCUCCAGACUGAAUGUGUAGCCCUUCCCGCUGAAGAGUCACAUCUUCACCAAGAACCAAGUAAGAGAAUUCCUUCUUGGAGUGGUCGCCCAAUCUGGAUGGAAAAGAUGGUAAUGUGCCGAGUAAAAGUUCCACACACAUUCGCGGUUCACUCUUACACCCGUCCCACAAUAUGUCAGUACUGCAAGCGGUUACUGAAAGGCCUCUUCCGCCAAGGAAUGCAGUGUAAAGAUUGUAAAUUCAACUGCCAUAAACGUUGUGCAUCAAAAGUACCGAGAGAUUGCCUUGGAGAGGUUACUUUCAAUGGAGAACCUUCCAGUCUGGGAACAGAUACAGAUAUACCAAUGGAUAUUGACAGUAGUGACAUGAACAGUGAUGGUAGUCGGGGUUUGGAUGACGCAGAAGAACCAUCUCCCCCAGAAGAUAAAAUGUUCUUCCUGGAUCCAUCUGAUCUUGAGGUUGAGAGAGAUGAAGAAGCUGUUAAAACAAUCAGUCCAUCGACAAGCAAUAAUAUUCCACUAAUGAGGGUCGUACAGUCCAUCAAGCACACAAAGCGGAAGAGCAGCACGAUGGUGAAGGAAGGAUGGAUGGUCCAUUACACCAGCAGGGACACCCUGAGAAAGAGGCAUUAUUGGAGACUUGACAGCAAAUGUCUAACAUUGUUUCAAAACGAAUCUGGAUCAAAGUAUUAUAAGGAAAUUCCACUUUCAGAAAUUCUCCGCAUAUCUUCACCACAAGAUUUCACAAACAUUUCACAAGGCAGCAACCCACACUGUUUUGAAAUCAUCACUGAUACUAUGGUGUACUUUGUUGGUGAGAACAAUGGGGACAGCUCUCACAAUCCUGUUCUUGCUGCCACUGGAGUUGGACUUGAUGUAGCACAGAGCUGGGAAAAAGCAAUUCGCCAAGCUCUCAUGCCUGUUACCCCUCAAGCCAGUGUUUGCACGUCUCCCGGGCAAGGGAAAGAUCACAAAGAUUUGUCUACCAGUAUCUCUGUAUCUAAUUGUCAGAUCCAGGAGAAUGUGGACAUCAGUACUGUUUACCAGAUCUUUGCAGAUGAGGUGCUUGGUUCAGGCCAGUUUGGCAUUGUUUAUGGAGGAAAGCAUAGAAAGACUGGAAGGGAUGUGGCUAUUAAAGUAAUUGAUAAGAUGAGAUUCCCCACAAAACAGGAAAGCCAACUACGUAAUGAAGUGGCUAUUUUACAGAAUUUGCACCAUCCUGGGAUUGUAAACCUGGAAUGUAUGUUUGAAACCCCAGAACGAGUUUUUGUCGUAAUGGAAAAGCUGCACGGCGAUAUGUUGGAAAUGAUUCUAUCCAGUGAGAAAAGUCGACUUCCAGAACGCAUUACUAAAUUCAUGGUGACACAGAUACUCGUUGCUUUGAGGAAUCUACAUUUUAAAAAUAUUGUGCACUGUGAUUUAAAGCCAGAAAAUGUGCUACUCGCAUCAGCAGAGCCAUUUCCUCAGGUGAAGCUGUGUGACUUCGGUUUUGCACGCAUCAUUGGUGAAAAGUCAUUCCGGAGAUCUGUGGUAGGGACUCCAGCAUACUUAGCCCCUGAAGUUCUCAGAAGCAAAGGUUACAACCGUUCUCUAGAUAUGUGGUCAGUGGGAGUUAUCGUCUAUGUGAGCCUCAGUGGUACAUUUCCUUUUAAUGAAGAUGAAGAUAUAAACGACCAAAUCCAAAAUGCUGCAUUUAUGUACCCACCAAAUCCAUGGAGAGAAAUUUCUGGUGAAGCAAUUGAUUUGAUAAACAACCUACUUCAAGUGAAGAUGAGAAAACGUUUCAGUGUGGACAAAUCUCUUAGUCAUCCCUGGCUACAGGACUAUCAGACUUGGCUUGACCUUAGAGAAUUUGAAACUCGCAUUGGAGAACGUUACAUUACACAUGAAAGUGAUGAUGCCCGCUGGGAAAUACAUGCAUACACACACAACCUGGAAUACCCAAAGCACUUCAUUAUGGCUCCCAAUCCAGAUGAUAUGGAAGAAGAUCCUUAAUUAUCAAUGACCUAACUUCAAUAAGGAAGGAUUUCAUUUUAUGGACUGCUAUUUUGCUGCACAACUGUUGUUCUUUGGAGAUUGUCAUCUGCAAGGAUGCAAAGACAUGAGGAAAUAUGAUAAGGAAUCAGUGACACCAAUACUGUAGUUCAUAAUGAGUAGGUACAAGAGGGAAAACUGAGUAAUAAAAACAGAUAAUGGAACCAAGAGGAAGCUUUUCAUAAAUUUUUAUAGCAUAAGCAAUAACUGGUUUUUGUAUUUUUUCCUAAUCCUUCACUUUAGUACAAUAGUGGCACUUAAUCUUCCCUUUCCUGUUCUUAUAUUUUUUAAAAGGCAAGCCAGAGUCCAGUUAUUGCAUAGCUUGAUGAAAUCAUACAAGAGUUAUAAGGUUGAUUACUAAACAGGUUUGCAUUUAAGAGAUAACCAAGAGGCUAUCAACAUGAGAUUUUCAAUAAGGACUUGUAAACAUUUAACUGGCCACACAGAGGCAUCGAGGGGGUUUUCCUAGAUGCCUAGAAAAGGACUGCUGGACUGUUUACCUUUCUUUUUUAGGUCAAUCAAGACUCCCCAAAACAGUGACCCCCUAACCUUUUUGGAGUUGAAACUCUGAAUAUGGUCUCUACAACAUAAAAAUUAAGUUGCCACCUUUUGUGAGUAUGUUACAAUAGCCUCUAAGGUAAUUUGGGACAACUGAUGUUACAAAACCAGCAGUAGGAACUGCUGGUCUGAGUGCUGAGUUAUUAUGUAUGUUUUCUCAUAGCUCAGCUCUACUGCUAAAUACCGUGUUCCCACUGACACCACUGUUAGAGUCCAGAAUUCAAUGGGUAUAGAUCUAAAUUCUAAUUACACAAUUUAUCUUUACACAGGUUUGAAUAAUUUGAGGACGAAAAUUAAAUAUAUACUAAAAGUAAGGCCAGUACAGGGUCAAUUAAUGCUACAGGAAAGAAUAUUGAACAGUAUCCAUCUGGAAUGUUUGAAAAUCAGUUAUUUUAAGCAAGUGAGUGCAGUUGACCAUGAAACACCUAAUAGUUUAUAAGGGUAGGGAUAUAUCAACAGAGCAAAUGAAAGAAUUUUUUUUUUUACCAUUUCAGCUCCAGCAGCCAGCUAAAGAAAUUUUUUUUCUACUCAGAUAUACUUAAGAGGUUACACUUUUCCAUAGCUUUUAAAAAGUUACUAAUAAUUUCCUUCUCCCCCCGCCCCCAAGUUUACUGUCUGGGACCACCCACUUAUACAGUCUAAUGGCUUUUUGUUUCUUCAUCCCUCAGUAAUCACUGUAUACUUUUUUUUCCUCCAAAAAGAGCAAAAGAUUUGGAGUCAGAAGGUCUGGGUUUAGUCUUCUAAGUCCAGGCUCCCCUCUUUAUUAGCUGUGUUGGCCUGGCCAGGUGACAAUCUGUGUGAGCCUCGAGUUCCUCAAUCUAUAAAAUGAAGAUCAUAAUUCUUGCCUCUACCUUCCUCAGUGUUGUAAAGAUAUGUUUAACCAUAUUCGAUAAACUAAAAACUAUAAAACUGUUCAUUAUUACUGCCCACUGAAUCUGAGGUAGCCAAAGAAAAGAUUGUUCAUAUACGAACAAACUGAGACACACAGGGCCUUUUGAGAUCCCUGAAGCUACUCCCUUACCGAGGACUAAAAAUGCCCUUGAGAGAGGAGCAAACGUGCAGUGCUCCUAUGUUCUGAGCUCUUUACAUGUUAACUUAUCCUCACAACAGCACAGUGAACCCCAUGUCACAGAUAAGGAAACUGAGGUACAGGGAGAUUAAGUAGCUGCUGAAGGUCACAGUAUUUGCACCUCAGCCUCCUAACCAUUUUGCUAUACUGUCUCCCCAUAAAUAUCUCCAGGAGACAUGCCACAGCUCUCAGUAUUUCAGUCUCAUUUUAGUAGUUUUAAAAACCAAAUUAAUUUUUCAAAAUCUUUUAGAAAUGUAUUUUCCCUAGGAUGAUUUCCCCCAAUUUCUCCAAAGUUAAGUCUGUUUAUAUCAACAUGCUAAAAUGGAGUAAUUCCAAGUCAUUAGGCACCCUGUUGUUUUACUGCAUAAGGUGAAAAUUAACUGGAAUGACACUUGUUUGUUCUACUUAUAUAAUCAAACUUUACAAGCCAUGAAAUUAAUUGCACUCUGUUUUUGUUGUUGAAUACCUAAGAAGUUUUCUAAAUUUGUAAAGGCACUGUCAGAUAAUUUGGAGUUGAGUAACUGCUCCAGAUACUGUAUAACCUGCAUAACCAUUUUUUUUGUCUUGAAGUCUGUACAAGAAAUAAUUGAGAGAAACAUUUGAUAAUGUACAAAGUAGUCCAUAAUGACACUCUUCAGUACAGUUUUAUAUUUUUUGUUACAUCCCACUUUUUGUAAAUAUCCUCAAAGAAGCUUAAUAAUAAAAUGUAUUUCCAUAUCACCAUACUUUUCCAUGUGAAAACCUGAGCCUAUCUCUAGUCAAGGUAUCCAAAGAAAAUUUUAUUUGGUUGUGUUAUUUUCCAGGCCUUGGUAAGAGAAUUAUUUUGGAAAUAGUAUUUGUAAAUGGAACUAAUGCUAUAUUUAAGAACACUGAUUUUUUUUAACUGCCUAAAAUAAAAAAAGCCUCGUUUUUUACAA